GAAGAGUAAGUUUAUACAAGGUAAUGGCAAUUUCUUUAUUUAGUAUCAUAAUAGCCAUCCAUCAAAUCCUUGAUUCUAUCAAAUAAUUGACAUUCAUUAGACAUAGAGUUCUAUUAAGAAGACUAGCUUGACCAAAUACAGAGAAAGUAUACAAUAAAGAGUACAUGGGUCUUCUAAGACUAGCCUAAAAAUGGUCAAGAACAUAGACGAAACCAGUAAAGCCUGAGAUCCAUUUAAGAACUGUGCAAGCUGGUGAAAAUGCUUAUAGUUCUAUCAAAUAAUUGCCUCUUAUUGCAUGCCUUGUCUAAUAUCUCAUUGUUUUUCUAAUAUGCUUUACAAGGUGUUUUAUUCAUAUGGAUGAAAUCAUGACUUAUGAUUGACAAAAUGUUUCAUGUCUUUGUUGUUGCAUUGUAAGAAGAACAAAUGUCUAAGAAGAGCCAACAUACCCUUGCUGGUCCAUCAACCCAAGAUGAGAAGAAGAGGAAGGCCAUUUGGAAUGAAAAAUUGAUAGAGGAGUUUAUCGAUAUAUGUAUUGGUGAAGUUGAAGCUGGUAAUCGCCCAGGAACACAUUUCAAUAGGUUAGGGUGGGCCAAUAUAAUUAAGAAAUUCAAUGAGAAGACUGGAAAUCAAUAUGACUACAAAAAAUUUAAAAAUAAGUGGGAUAACCUGAAAGCAAAUUGGAGCAUUUGGAUGAAAUUGGUGGGAAAGGAAACAGGACUUGGAUGGGAUCCUGUUAGAAAUACAAUAGAUGCACCAGAUGCAUGGUGGGAAAAAAAAUUGCAGGAGAUUCCUGAUGCAGCUAAGUUUCGAGAACGUGGUCUACAACAUGCCAUAAAAUUGGAUAGGUUAUUUAGAGGUACUAGUGCCACUGGGGAGGGGGCCUGGGCACCAGCUUUACUAGUGCAGGAGGAUGUUGAGGACACAAUUGAAGUAUAUGAGAGGUUGGAUGGGGUUAAUAAUGAUACAUUUGAGGGCUUAGGUGACUCAGAUGAGGACCAUCAUAUGAUUGCAUAUAAAAUUGAUGAUGUUCCCACUGAUAAUUUUAUUGUUAACCUUACUCUUGCAUCUGAUGCUAUCCAAGAGAGAGGAAAGAAAAGAGUUAGCUCUACUUUGCAUGAUAAGAAAUGCAAGAAGGUUGGGGGUGCUGCACAACUAUCUUAG